GUCACCAACAUCCAACUCCAAGCUGCCGAGGUGACAAAUGUCCAGCUGCAAGCCACGGAGGUGACAAGUGUCCAGCUCCAAGCCCUGCCGCAGCCCUUGGAUGUUACCAACAUCCAGCUCCAAGCUGCUGAGGUGACGAAUGUCCAGCUCCAAGCCCUGCCACAGCCCUUGGAUGUCACCAACAUCCAUCUCCAAGCUGCUGAGGUGACAAAUGUCCAGCUCCAAGCCCUGCCACAGCCCUUGGAUGUCACCAACAUCCAUCUCCAAGCUGCUGAGGUGACAAAUGUCCAGCUCCAAGCCCUGCCACAGCCCUUGGAUGUCACCAACAUCCAGCUCCAAGCUAGUGAGGUGACAAAUGUCCAGCUGCAAGCCCUGCCACAGCCCUCCAAGGUCACCAACAUCCAGCUGCAGGCCACUGAGGUGGCAAAUGUCCAGCUCCAAGCCCUGCCACAACCCUCCAAGGUGACCAACAUCCAGCUCCAAGCCCUAUCACAACCCUUGGAUGUCACUGACAUCCAGCUGCAGGCCACUGAGGUGACAAAUGUUCAUCUCCAAGCCCUGCCACAACCUUCGGACGUCACCAACAUCCACCUGCAGGCCACUGAGGUACCCAACGUCCAGCUGCAGGCCACAGAGGUGACAAAUGUCCAUCUCCAAACCACCAAGGUACCUGACAUCAGUCUCCAAGCCACAGAGGUCCCUAGUGUCCAUCUCCAAACCACUGAGGUCCCUAGUAUCCAUCUCCAAACCACGGAGGUCCCCAGUGUCCAUCUUGAGCCCACAGAGGUGCCCAACAUCCAUCUCCAGGCCACAGAGGUGCGCGAUGUCCAGCUCCAGGCCAUGGAGGUGUCCAACAUCCAGCUUCAAACCACAGAGGUGCCCAGUGUCCAUCUUGAAACCACUGAGGUGCCCAAUGUCCAUCUCGAAAACACUGAAGUCCCCAACAUCCAUCUCCAAGCCACAGACGUGCCCAGCGUCCAUCUCCCGACCACCAAGGUGACCAGUGUCCACCUGCAAGCCAGUGAGGUGACCGACAUCCAUCAAGAAACCGUGGAGGUGCCCAGUGUCCAUCUCCAGGACGCAGAGGUCACCACUGACCCGCUGCAAGCCACUGAGGUGCCCAGCAUCCAUCCCCAAACCACGGAGGUGCCCAGAGUCCAUCUCCAGACCACUGAGGUGCCUAGUGUGCGUCACCAAACCACUGAGGUGCCCAGUGUCCAUCUCCAAGUCACGGAGGUGCCCAGUGUCCAUCUUCAGACCACAGAGAUGACCAAUGUCCAUCUCCAAGACACUGAGGUGUCCAGUGUCCAUCACCAAAUGAUGGAGGUGCCCAACAUCCAUCUCAAGAUCACAGAGGUACCCAACAUCCAACUGAAGACUAUGGAGGUGACAAGUGUCCAUCUCCAGGCCACUGAAGUGCUGAACUCCUGUCACCAAAUGAUGGAGGUGCCCAGCAUCCAACUCAAGACCUCGGAGGUGCCUGAUGUCCAGCUGCAGACCACAGAGGAGGUGCCCAACAUCCAACUCAAGACCAUGGAGGUGCCCAAUGUCCAACCCAAGAUCAUGGAGGAGGUGCCCAACAUCCAGCUCAAGACCAUGGAGGAGGUACCCAAUGUCCAACUGAAGACCAUGGAGGUAUCCAACAUCCAGCUCAAGACUAUGGAGGUGCCCGACAUCCAACUCAAGACCAUGGAGGAGGUACCCAACAUCCAGCUCAAGACCGUGAAGGUGCCCAACGUCCAGCUUAAGCCCAGAGAGGUUACAAAUGUCCAUCUCCAGCCCAUGGAGGUGACAAAUGUCCAUCUCCAGGCCGCAGAGGUGCCCAACGUCCAGCUGCAGCCCCCCGAGGUGCCUGUGGCAGGGGGGAGUCUGGCCCCCCCCCCAUCCCCACGGCUGGCGGUGGUGGGGGCAGUUGGGGGUCUGCCCCCUGUGCUGCUGCUGCGAGGGGCUG